AUGAACGUCGUUCGGGAAAUAAAUAAGAUUAAUGAGCGUGAACUUGAACUCGGGAUUUCAGGUUCAUGGCAUGAUGAAUACAAGGAUUCUGCGUAUGUAUUCAUCGGCGGUCUGCACUUUGACUUGACUGAAGGUGACGUGAUCACCAUAUUUUCCCAGUAUGGGGAAGUUAUGGAUGUCAAUCUCCCUCGGGACAAAACGACUGGAAAACCGAGGGGAUUUGCCUUCCUUAUGUAUGAAGAUCAAAGGUCCACCGUGUUGGCUGUCGAUAACCUCAACGGUGCCAAUGUACUGGGCAAGACGCUGCGUGUAGACCACGUAAAGAACUAUAAACAGCCAAAGGUGAAAGGCGAUGAUGGAGAAUGGGAGGAACCUGAAGAACAGAGUCUGAAUGCCAGGCCAGAGAUGAUCAUUGAUGGAGGUCAAGCAUCGGAUUCAGAUGCAUCUUCGGUUAUUUCCAUCGAUCCUGAAGAUCCUAUGCGGGACUACAUUUUGGCACAGAGGAAAGAAGAAAAAGCCCUGAAGAAAUCCAAAAAAUCCAAAAAAUCGAAGAAAUCUAAAACAUCCAAGAAGCGACGCGGCGACCAUGACAAGAGAUGA